UUGGUGUUCGCUUGGGUUCCAGUCGGGCCUUUGCUAAAUGAGCUGAGGAGGGGAGGAGCAGUCCUGGGGCAGAGCGAGGCCUGCGGCCAAGUGCCUCCAGGGCGGAGGGUGACAGUAAGUUAUUUGUACCGGAGGAGUCACUUUUUAGGCUCUGGUUUUGUUGCAUUGCACAAACCUGGUGCAAACCUCAAGCUCACCAGCGUGAGUCAGCGGGCUGGCGGCAGGAGAGGGAAAGGUGGACGAAGAGGAGGCCGUGCACCCCGAGGCCUGCACCGGCUGUGGGAAGGACCCGGGGGCGACUCCGGGACACCCCUAGCGGCCGCCCUCUACCCAGCCCCACAGGUGAGCGCAGGCCAGCCGCAGGACGGAGCCCACCGUCCCCACCCGCCACCUUCCUGGCACCGUCACCACUCCGCAGAUUCUAUCUGGGAGCUGGCAUCCAGCCAUUUCUAAGCCAAUGAAGUACAUCCUGGUCACAGGUGGGGUCAUCUCAAGCAUUGGGAAAGGGAUCAUUGCAAGCAGCAUUGGGGCGAUUCUAAAAUCAUGUGGACUCCGAGUUACCGCCAUCAAAAUCGACCCCUAUAUCAACAUUGAUGCAGGCACUUUUUCACCUUAUGAGCACGGAGAAGUGUUUGUCUUAAAUGAUGGUGGAGAAGUUGAUUUAGACCUUGGAAAUUACGAAAGGUUCUUGGAUAUUAAUCUUUAUAAAGACAACAACAUCACCACUGGGAAGAUAUAUCAGCAUGUGAUUAAUAAAGAGAGACGUGGUGACUACCUGGGGAAAACUGUACAAGUUGUCCCGCAUAUUACUGAUGCUGUCCAGGAGUGGGUUAUGAAUCAAGCCAUGGUGCCUGUGGAUGGUCAUAAGGAGGAGCCCCAAAUAUGCGUUAUUGAGUUGGGUGGCACCAUCGGAGACAUUGAAGGAAUGCCAUUUGUGGAAGCAUUCAGACAAUUUCAGUUUAAAGCAAAAAGAGAGAAUUUCUGUAACAUUCAUGUUAGCCUUGUCCCACAGCCCAGUGCUACUGGAGAACAAAAAACCAAACCCACACAAAACAGUGUUCGUGCACUGAGGGGGUUGGGCCUGUCUCCUGAUCUGAUCAUCUGCCGGAGUUCAAAGCCCAUUGAAAUGGCGGUGAAGGAAAAGAUUUCUAUGUUUUGCCAUGUGAACCCUGAACAGGUCAUAUGUAUCCAUGAUGUUUCUUCCACAUACCGAGUACCUGUGCUUUUGGAGGAACAAGGCAUUGUUAAAUAUUUUAAAGAGAGAUUGGAUUUGCCCAUUGGUGAUUCUGCAAAUAAUUUGCUUUUCAAGUGGAGAAAUAUGGCUGACAGGUAUGAAAGGUUACAGAAAAUGUGCUCCAUAGCCCUGGUUGGCAAAUACACCAAGUUGAGGGACUGCUAUGCCUCUGUGUUCAAAGCUUUGGAACACUCAGCCUUGGCCAUCAACCACAAGUUGAAUCUGAUGUACAUAGAUUCCAUUGAUCUGGAGCACACCACUGAAUCUGAGGACCCUGUGAAAUUCCAUGAAGCAUGGCAGAAGCUAUGCAAAGCUGAUGGUGUUCUGGUGCCAGGAGGCUUCGGAAUCAGAGGAACAUUGGGAAAACUCCAGGCGAUUUCUUGGGCAAGGGCAAAGAAGAUUCCUUUUCUGGGAAUUUGCCUUGGGAUGCAACUAGCAGUGAUAGAGUUUGCAAGGAACUGCCUUAACUUGAAAGAUGCUGAUUCCACAGAAUUUGAGCCAAAUGCUCGUGUUCCUGUGGUGGUUGAUAUGCCGGAACACAACCCUGGCAAUUUGGGAGGAACAAUGAGGCUCGGAAUAAGAAGAACUGUUUUCAAAACUGAAAAUUCAAUAUUAAGGAAACUUUAUGGUGAUGUUCCUUUUAUAGAAGAAAGACACAGACAUCGGUAUGAGGUGAACCCCACCUUGAUCAACCAAUUUGAACAGAGUGACUUAAGUUUUGUAGGUCAGGAUGUUGAUGGGGAGAGGAUGGAAAUCAUUGAACUGGCAAAUCACCCUUAUUUUGUUGGUGUCCAAUUCCAUCCCGAGUUUUCUUCUAGGCCGAUGAAGCCUUCCCCUCCAUACCUGGGACUAUUACUUGCAGCAACUGGGAACCUGAAUGCCUACCUGCAACAGGGAUGCAAACUUUCCUCCAGUGAUAGAUACAGCGAUGCCAGUGAUGACAGCUUUUCAGAGCCAAGGAUAGCUGAGUUGGAAAUAAGCUGAAACUAAUACACGCUUCAGAAUAACAGGCACUGCCUGAGAAGGCUCUGAAGUAAUUGAAGCCAAGAUAAAGCAACUAUCUGAAGAAAUCGCCACACUCUUGAAUCACUCUGUUCUCCACCAAACAUGGGUUGAAAACAUCGAAGGGAACCUAAUAAUAUGUACUUUCAUUAAUUGGAACCAGAGGGGCACUUUCCUUUUGUCCUCCAGAUGCGGCCUUUGGGUCUUACAGAUUUCUCUAGCCAAUUAAACUUUUCCCAACAAUCUCAGUGGGGAGAAAGUGUGUUCUUGUUUUGUCUGGUGUAUCAGGAUAUCAGGUGCUGAGUGAAGAUCCAGGAACUGAACCUUCACUGUGCUGUAUGGGAAGGGUGGCACAUGCAAUAACUAAUUUUGAGUAAAAAAUAAAUCAUUCUGUUACCUGGAACUCAACUACAGAUGUGGGUGUGGCCCAAGCUUAUUUUAAUUUCUCAUCCUGUUUAUUUCUAGUUAAAAGGAAAUUUAUGUAAGUCCAAGACUGGGGGUGGCAAGUAAGGCCCGUGGUCAGGCACAGAAUUUAAGGGGGCAUAAAAAAACUCAGGAAUCAAAAUCAGUAUAUGUAUUUUUUAAUUGAGAUGAAAUUCACAUAACAGAAUUUACCACUUUAAAGCAAACAAUUCAGUGGCAUUAGGUACAUCGACAAUGUUAUGUAGCCAUUGCCUUUACUUCUGAAGCAUUUCCAACACUCCAAAAUAAAUCCCCAUACCCAUUAGCAAUCACUCUCCAUUCCUACUUCCUCCUAGCCUCUAGUAACUGCUAAUCUCCUUUCUAUUUCUAUGAUUCACCAAUUCAGGAUAUUCCAUAUAAAUUGAAUAGUAUAAUAUGUGGCUUUUUGUAUCUAGCUUCUUUCAUUUAGCAUCAUGUUUUGAAGAUUCAUCCUGU